AUGGAGUGUUCAGUUGGAAUCAUUGGUGAGAGCAGGAGCACUUUUAUAGUUACCUCAACAGACGUUUCCAAACUGCAUGAGCUACUAGAAUCUAUCUGCUUGUUAGAUCUCUAUGCUGCAGGACCUACUUCAAGUCAAAAGGUCACAAUCGCAGCUGUUCUCUUAAAGGACAGGUACAGGCUUUUAUUUCAAAAGCCUAUUUUGAAAAACAUGAAUGCAAAGAUUGAAGAGACAGUCCACUUCUCAGCCCUAAAUACAUCCCAUGAAUUUUUGAAUUAUUUACAAAAAAAUGCUUUAAUUGUUGAUUUGUGGGGCCUUCAAGUUGAUCAUCCAAAAACGGUGAUCGCAAAGGGAAUUGGUCUGGGCACAGCUAAUCAGAUAUCUGAACUUUACCCAAAGCUGCUGAAGUUGGAAGAGGAGACUGAGCUUCUCAGAGAUAUUAACAGAGCUUUAAGGGAAGAAAAUGUAUUUCUUAAGGAUAAACUGAAGAAAUGGGAAACAGGACGCCAUGAAAGCAAGAAAUUAAAGUCUCCUAAUAAAAGGGCAGUUAAGGUGACCAAACAGCCUGUCUCAUCAAAGGAGGCUGGCCAAAUGUGCAACCAUCGGAUGAGCUAUAAUGCUGAAUUUGCUAAAGCUGUUAAGGUCUUCUACCAAAACACGAACAUAGUGAGACAGCAAUUCCUGAAGCUAAAGCACAACAAACCCCCUGUAUGUAUGAUUUUUAUACAGAGUUUUCAAAAAUGAGAACCAGGACUUUUUUUUUUUCUAAUGUAAAAUCAUUGUGUGUAUCACAAGCUUUGAUUGCCUAACAAUGCAGAUAUAUAAUUGAUCAUGUCCUUUGCUGCUAUUUCCUUUCCUGUAUGUGUACUGGAACCAACCUUAUUUCCUCUGUAUGUUUUGUGUGUCUGUACUAUCAAUAUCAAUGUCCACAAAGUGUAGCUAGCCUGUUUUUCUUUACAACAUGCUGGGUAUUCUAUGUCUACACUG